UCACAUAUGAGUGCCACAGGUUAGAACAACAAUGUUUAGAUUGAUAUUUGUUAGUCUGUCCCUUCUGGGUUGUAACUUGCAUACAGAGACUAAAUGCAUCCCCCAAACCUCUGAGUUUAAAAAGGAAGGAGAUUACCUACUUGGUGGACUUUUUGAUGUUCAUCAUGUCAGAGGAACUCUUCAUUUAAACAUCCCAGAAGCCGUCCUCUGCUCCAGUCAAGAGUUCACACUGUCAAGUUACCGGAGGUUUCAGAUGAUGAGAUUCUCAAUAGAGGAAAUCAAUAAUUCUACCAGUCUGCUACCCAAUGUGACUCUUGGCUAUGAAAUAUUUGACCACUGCUCAGACACAAAGAAUUUUCCAAGUAUUUUCCGCCUGAUGUCUGUGAAUGGUUCAGUUCAGCCUUGGAAAGAAUCAGCAAACUUCUCAAAAGUGAUAGCAAUGGUGGGCACAUACACAAGCACAGCAACACUGACUGUUGCACCGCUGUUCAUGAUGGACCUCAUUCCAAUGAUUAGUUACGGAGCAGCAAGUUCAGUCUUCUCCAGAAAACAGAAUUUUCCAUCUUUCUUACGAACAGUGCAUCCCAACAAAGAUGUCAUAGAAAUAAUUUGUAAACUUUUGGAAGAGUUCAAAUGGACCUGGGUGGCUUUCCUCUACAUUGAUGAUGAUUAUGGACGAGAUGGCCUGGAUGUAUUUGUGAAAAAGAUCAAGGACACUAAAAUAUGUAUGGCUUUCAAUUAUGGUCUCAGUAAUGGCACAGAUUAUCCUAAACUUUUUAAAGAGAUUAAAUCCCUAAAUGUAAACGUUAUAAUUGUGUUUACUGCUGAAUGGACAGCUGAAGAUCUCAUUAAUUCUGCAAUCCAACAAAAUGUCAAAAACAAGGUAUGGAUUGCAGCAGAUGCCUGGUCUCUUCACAAAGAGCUUCCUAAAAAAGCAGGAAUCAGAAAUAUUGGGACUGUUCUUGGAGUUGCUGAACCAAAAAUAACAAUCCCAGGAUUCAAUGAUUUUAUUUAUUCUUUCAAAGCUCAAAAUCAGUGUGAAAAUCCAGAGCAAGAUUCAUUUUGUAACCAGAUGUGUAACUGCAGCAGCUUGAGUGCUGAAAACAUCACUACAGCAGAUCCCUCUUUCAAUUUCCCUGUUUACUCUGCUGUAUAUGCCGUUGCCCAUGCCUUACACGCAGUGCUGCAGUGUGGAGCUGACAGCUGCAACAAGGACAUUAAGGUUCACCCAGACAUGGUCCUUAAAGAACUCAAGAAGUCAGACUUCACACUUUUAAACCACAGAGUUCAAUUUGAUGACAAUGGUGACCCCAAAUUUGGACCCUAUGCCAUAGUUUUCUGGAAUAAGAACAGUAAUGCAGAAGAGAUCGGUUCUUAUACGUUUCACCCAAAACCCAUCUUUAAAAUUAACAAGUCUAAAAUCCAUUGGCAUAGAGACGGACAGGUUCCUAAAUCCUUUUGUUCUGAAGAUUGUCCUGAUGGACAUAAGAAAAAGCAGGAAGGAUUUCACAAAUGCUGCUUCAGUUGUACAAUCUGUCCUAAAGAAACUUACUUGAACAAUACAGAUCCCUAUAAUUGCAUCAGCUGCAAGGAGACAGAGUGGUCUCCAGCUGGAAGUACAUCGUGCUUUGAACGGAAGCAGGAGUAUGUCCCAUUCAAUGAUCCCGGGGCUAUAGGUGUCAUGGUUGGAACCUUGAUCUUACUGAUCUUCAUUGCGGCCAUUUCUGUUCUCUUUGCCCUCAACUACAACACACCUGUUGUCAAAUCUGCCGGAGGUCCAAUGUGCUUUCUAAUUUUAGGAUGCCUCAGCCUGUGCAGCAUUAGUGUGUUUUUUUACUUCGGUGAGCCCAGAGUCACGUUUUGUGUUUUAAGGUUUGUUCCAUUUCUGUUGUUCUAUACUGUUUGUCUGGCGUGUUUUGCUGUGCGCUCAUUUCAAAUUGUUUGUAUUUUCAAAAUAUCAGCCAAGUUCCCAAAUAUCUCUAGAGUUUGGACUAAAUAUCAUGCACACUGGAUAUUCAUUGCUGCUGCAUCUUUCCUCCAGGCCAUUUUACUCAUCACCCAUUUUUCUCUUGACCCCCCAAAACAAUUUAAAGAUACAUUUUACUCAGACAGAUUUAUACUAGGUUGUGAUUUUGACAAAACUCUUAAUGACUCACUUAUCUCAAUUAUUUUAGCCUUUAUAUUGAUUCUUCUUAGCUUUUGUUUCUCAUAUACAGGAAAGAACCUUCCAAAAAAUUACAAUGAAGCUAAAGCAAUAACCUUUUGUAUGUUUCUGCUGAUCCUCAUCUGGAUAAGCUUUGCUACUUUCAUCAAAUUAUUUCAUGGAAAGUCGAUUAAUGUUAUUAAUGCUUCAGCCGUACUCUUAAGUCUGUAUUCUUAUUUACUGGGGUAUUUUUUUCCAAAAUGUUACAUAAUCCUUUUUAAACCUGAGAAAAACACUGAGCAAUACUUCCAAGAUCUCAUUCAGUGUUAUACCAGAUCAGCCAGUAGUUCUUAAAUACACAACUCUGAAAGGUUGUUGACAAUGGCUGAUGGCUUUAAGCCUUCAUAGUACCUCUUACUUUAUAAUUUAGAGUUUUUUCUAGAAUAUUAUAAACUGAUGUUCACCUUUUGGUCGAUCCGGGUUAAGGACUGGCACAAGGAGAUCUAGAUUCAGUCCUUCUUGUGGCCAAAAUAUUGAUCAUUUACAUGAAUAUCAAUGGCUUGAGAAACCCAUCCCCUAUUGUCUUCCAAAUAGUAUCCAGGGGUUGCAAAAAGGCCAAAGUCCCAUAGACUUCCAUGGAGAAAUAGACUGUUAUUUCCCAGUCAUUCUAUUUGCCAGAAUAACCAUUCUUGCUCUGAUUCAUUCUUUUUAGCACAUUCAAGAUUCAAAGAUUCAAAGGCUUUAUUGUAACUGUCAGUAACAGUUAAAUUGUGAGUGGUCCACCAGCAGCAAUGCACAGCACAAUAAAACAGAGAAAAACAAUUUAAAUAAAAAAUAAGAAUAAAAAAGAAAUAAAGUAGAAGAUAACAUAUAAUUACACUAAUAGCAAUAAGAAACUGUACACGCGUAAGGCAAAGGGAAAAGUACGAAAGACGUAAUAAUUUUAAACAGGAAGUACAAUAAUAAAUACUAUUAAAGUGUGAUGUGCGGUUUGUGCAAAGAUUGACAAUUUUACAUCUUGUUCAUUGGAUGUUGUUCAGCAUUCGUAUGGAUCAGGGGAAGAAGCUGUUUGUCAGUCUGGUGGUAUGUGACCUGAUUGACCUGUAGCGGCGUGCUGAUGGCAGUAGGUCAAACAGGUGGUGGGCGGGGUGGGUUUGGUCCUUCAGGAGUGUUGUAUUUUUUUUUUUUGGCAGAAGGAUCUUGAUAAGGUCGCCAGGGGGGGCAGGGGGCAGCCAAUAAUUCUCUGAGCUGUGUUUUAAGGUUUGUUCCAUUUCUGUUGUUCUAUACUGUUUGUCUGGCGUGUUUUGUUGUGCGCUCAUUUCAAAUUGUUUGUAUUUUCAAAAUAUCAGCCAAGUUCCCAAAUAUCUCUAGAGUUUGGACUAAAUAUCAUGCACACUGGAUAUUCAUUGCUGCCACAUUUUUCCUCCAGGCCAUUUUACUCAUCACCCGUUUUUCACUUAACCCCCCAAAAAUAAUUUCAAGAUACAUUUUACAUUUU